AUGGGCGAGGAGUUGGAUGUCUUGGAUCUGAUGGUGAUGUCGAAGUACCUUAACAUGAGCUUCAUGCUUUGCGCAGACAAUCAGAAUCACAACACCCUGAAUCCCACAUCAAUCUUGGAUUACCUCAAAGACUUUGGGGUGGACAUGAGCUCCGAAUUGGCACCAGAAGAUUCUCCAGCGGGUGUGCUGAUUUUGUGCUCUUCAUCGUUUGGAGGACAGGGUAUCAACCACUUUGUCCCUGCUUGGUUUGCAGAAGAGUUAGGAGACGAUGACUUUGAAAAGGUGAGAUAUCGUUCCCUAGCAAGAUAUGAAAAGACAAUGGAACGCUUGAAAAGGGACCAGAAGAGGCAUUCUGCCAAGUUGCGCGUUGAGAAGCAAACGCAUGGUGAUGCUUCUGAUUCUGCAAGCUUGGCGCAACUCACGUUGACCUCUCUUGAGGAUGAAUGGCUGAGGGAGACACAAUGGCGGGAGUUUGAGAUCAAGUGCCACGCAUCGGGCCUCCAUCCUGUAGAUGUCCCUGGCGAUGGCAACUGUUUGCUUUGGAGCAUCAAGUGCUUGUAUGAGAACGACAUUUAUGGCAGCAAAAUCGAUCCAGAGAGCAAAAAGGACAUGGCCGUCAUCAAAGAGUGGAGGAAGCAGACAGUCAAGGCAUGGAAUGAGAGGAAAGGCAUUCCUUGCUGGCAAUUGUUGUACGAGAAGAUGUAUGUCGAUUCUGAUGAGCAGAUGAAAAUUCAUCAGCCCUCCAGUGUGUCCCAAGGUGCCCUUGAACUUGUGAAAGCGGAGGUCGAAGGAUCCAAAGAGCAAGGAUGUGGAAUUCCUCCCAACAAGCAAGGUCAGGAUCUUGGCAACGUUGAUGCUCCAACGUCACAUUGUUCUGAUGGAGCCCAGCAGCCGAAUCCCAAACGGAUUGCACGGGCCCGGGUAGCUCCUGGCUUUGGGGAUUCUGGCAAAGAGAUGGAUGAUGCUAGCAAGUUCUGCCAACCCGGUCCAUCCAAGCCCACUGUCAAGAAGAACGCAUCAAAGACAAAACAACAGAAGAAGCAAUCCAAGUGUUCAAAACAAGACUCAGCUGCCGGGAACGACGACAUUGAGGACUCGCACCAAAAGCAGGAAGGUGAUGACAGUGAGAUUGACAUUGAUGUUGCAGAGAACCUUGCCAAGGACACUGUCCAGGAGAACGGGCCAGCCCAGAAACGGCGUCGUGUCGCCCGAAGAAAGCAGAAAGGUGAUCGAGAGAUUCAGCUGUUAGCCUUGCGAAAGUUUGCUGGGUGCAAAAAGGCUGCGGCCUGCCGACUCGGCUCUUACACUCAGAUGCAGAAUGAGUUAGUGAUGAACACCAAGUCCUGGACUGACUUCUCGUGCAAAGCUUGCCAGUACUUGCUGGAAUCUCAUGGUUUUGAUUCCGACCUUGCUUCGAGGCACACAGCUGCAGCAAUGACUGGGGAAGAUGUUGAAAUAGUAGAUGGUGACAUCAACAUGCCUGACGAUGCGAAGAACAUCUUUGAUGGAAACGAAGAGAAAGGAGAAGCUCAAGAGGAGGAGAACGGUCUCACCUUGGAGCAAUUGGUCAUGUCCAUCUCUCCACAUUUUCAGGUCGUGACGCAGGGAGGGUACAAGCAGCACGUGCCCAUCAGAUGCACCCUUUGCACAUCCAGAAGCCAACCACAUGGGAAGGUUGUGGACGCUGUCUCCAUGCACCCCAAGGAUGUUAGAAAAUUUCUCGGGCAACACUUGCAGACUGAUUGUCACAAUAGAGCAUUGGGUGCACUUGCUGCGAAGAAUGCUGCGCAGGAUGGCGAGCAAACACUUGAAGAGGUACCUUGUGAAGCGGUGAUCCUCAAAUUUGACUUGGAAGCGGAGGGAGCAGCCACCAAACUACAUGCUAUGGUCCAUCAUGUGCAACAGUGGAUGAGUUGGCAAAAGCAGGAUUGCGGCCUCCAGAAGCACAGCUACAAGCUCACCCAGGACUGUGUCGAAAUCCGGCACUCAGAUUGCACGCGCACUGUGGAGGUGGUCAAGGGCGCUCAGAAAAUUUGUGGGCCCUGCAGCAAGCUCACAGACGGUCUGAGCAUCAGACGUAUGAUACACAAGUUUGCUUUGAAGAAGUAUGCUGCAGAGCGGCUCCAUGCUAUGCUCUUCCAUUCCGAUGAGAGGCUGCAGGAAGGAGAAGCCAGGAUGAAAGCUGACCCUAUCUAUGAGUUCUUCAGAACAUCGUUCGACCGCAUCAUGGGCUAUGAUGCGUUGAACCUAAAAAACUGGGUGAGGUCAUCUUUCCUGAGCCUUGAAGAAAGCAGGAGAAGUCAGGCAAUGCAGAGUUUCAUGGAGUCGAUAGUCACGCCCUGUGUCCAGGUCAAUGUGCACGCUGCCCUGGAGGCCAGACCUCAACUCUUGCGAGUCCAAACUGUGUUUGAAACUGCUUUGGAGCAGAGAUCGAUUUCAGACAUGGAGCGCAUCAACCUCGAAAUUGCCAAGUGCAGUGUGGAAGGAAGACUGUCACAGCAUCCUUUGCUUCAAGGUCUCAUCUUGAGCUGCAUCAAGCUGUUGGAAAGAGAAGAGAAAGGACUGGCAAUGACCGGCCGCAAUGCAGCCAACUCAAUCGCUGCCAAUGAUGAGGCCAAGGGCUUGGUGCAAGAAGCAGGUGCCACUCUAGCCAUUCUUGGUUGCAACGCAGAGAUGCUGAAAAGAUUUGGCCAGAGUCGUGCCGUGAAAAGAAGCUUGAAAAACAUGACCGAAUAUGGCUUACCGAGUCCUAUGCUGGCGCUCUCGCAGGAAAGCAAGAUUCGGGAGAACCUGACGCUGAUUGAUGAACGGCUGUCUGCCACCACUGGCAAAUCAGGUAGGCUCAUGGCGUGCUUUGACUGCACAUAUUUGCUGCAGCUGAACAGCCAAUCCUAUGACCGCAAGAAUGAGAAGGUCUCUUUGGUUGGAGGCGCAUGGUCACCUUGGAGUAGUGGCAAUGCGAGCGUCGAGCUGAACGAGGAGAUGGACAUGGCAAGCAUCAAACCAGCCACAGACAUGCUCGAGUUCUUGCUGUUUGAUCCGGGGGCAGAGAAGCAAUUGGCACUUCCUGCAGCAGAAAUGCCAGUCAACAUUGGUGAUGUGGAUGGCAAGUUCAUGACCCAGACUGUGGACCUCUUUAUGGCUACUGCCUUCCCAUACGUGAGGUGCAUUUGCUUUGAUGGCCACGGUUCCCAUCAAGUCAUCCGGUCGUUGUUCGACUCAAAAUUUUUCCGGGAGUUGAAGUUCCAGCCUCUACCACUUCACAAUUUGCCACGUCUCCCGGUGAUGACACCGAGCUUUCAAGGGCAGCCCUACUAUUGCGUUCCAGGACCAUGUCAUGCCAAUAAGAACAGCGGGGGCCAAGCCCAAAGUUCUUUGAGAACGAUGCACCUGGGUCGUUUCUGGGUUGACCUUAGUGGGUCACUCCUAUGUGGAAUGCCUGGUUCUGCAUUUGCCAGGGAUGAUCCUCAGAGCGACAGCCUCCAAGCGCUCUUGGCCAACCCCUUCUUCUAUGUCCACACAACCUCGGGCACACUGAGCAUGAUUCCGAUUCCAUGGAUGAACAGGGGAGCAUUGCUAUGGUCCUUGUCAACGGCUUUGGUCUUCAGUCCCAUGCUCCACAAGGGCAUGUCCUUGAAGGCCAGGACUGAGAUUUCGGUUUCGGGCUACAUUCUCCUCGACCUCUGGUACCUGAUGGGGGCGAAACUGGAAGCAUCCCGUGGUGCCUUUGUGGGUUCCAUGACCAUGGCCAGAGAGACUGUCACCAACUUGCAGAACCUGACGCUGAGUUUGGUGUGCAUUGCGACCUCGAAGCCAGUUACGCUCAGCGAGCUGAGCAUUGAGCAGCUCUUUGGUAGGCUCAGACGAAGGCAAAGCAAUGCCCAGCUUUCCCCGAUGCAAUUCUGGGAGGCGUCCCAACGAGAGAUGUUGCGUGCGUCGAACCAGAGAUUCAAGGACUGUGUCAAGCUGAAGGACAUCAAGCAAGAGCCAGCCCUGACUGAGACGGAGUUUCAAGGCUGCUGUCAACGUGCCUACAAUGCAGCGGUGAAGCUUGCAGCAUGGGCAGGGGGCUACACAGAAGCAUCGCUCAAGAGCUACUAUGAGGAAAGCGCCGCUGCAGGGUGGUUUGAUCAAACUUUUGGCCAUGUCAUGGAGUUUGACACUCUUGAUGAUCCUGAUGAUCCUCAUGAAGCUGAAGCCCGGGACAUGUCUGGGCAUGUCGUGCUCUAUGUGGACGAGCAGCAGACGAUCUGCCUUGGAUUGGUUUUGACGGUUUGGCGCAUCGGCAAGAAGCGCAAGCCGGACUCUUCUGCAUCCUUCGUGGUUUCAGACACCAGCAUUGCCCGGGUUGUUCCCUUGGACGCUCUCAUUGCAGUCCUGGACUGUGAAGAUAGCAAGUUGCAGGAACACGAGCUCAUCGACCGCUGCUUGCUGACAUUGACUGAGCAGUCCGUGGAAUCGUUCCAACAGGCACGUGAGACCAAAGCUGAGGGGUGGAGAUGCAGCUUCGUGGGGGCAGAGGUUCCUGAGAAGGGCAAUGGCAGGGGCCGCAAGAGGAGGGCUCGUGUGGUCAAGCGGACCAGGCUGGCCAAGGCGAAAGCCGCACCUAAGAAGAAGAGCAAGAAAAACAAGAAGAACAAGAACAAGAAGGACAAGAAGGACAAAGGAGGCAAGAAGACCAAGAAGCAGAAGGCCGGCGAGGAAGAGAACAAUACGAUUCCUGCCGUUGCCGCCAACUUCACCCGUUCCAAAAAAGGAGACAAACUGAUCCAGCAACAAAUGGUGGCUCUUCUCAAUUUGGACAUCAGCAAGUUUCCAGACAAGCCUGCCUUUGACCCUGCCUCUGGAGCUUGCAGGUUGAAGAUUGAUGCCGCGAAGGGGCAGUCAUGGCAGAAGGUUGUCGACAAGGCAAGCUUUUACUUCCACAGUAUCUACAUGACCAGGAGCAGACCAGAAUACGGCCAGUCGUUGGAAAAGCAUUUCCAGACUCUCGAGAAGAACCUCAAUGAUGGCAACCGAUCGCCGUGGCUGCGCUUGCUGAGGUCCAUUUGUGAGAUGCCGGAUGUGAAAUGA